GAGAGUCGUGAUAGCCCAGUGGAUAUGACCUCUGCCUCCGAUUCCGGAGGAUGUGGGUUCGAAUCCGGUACGGGGCAUGCACCUCCAACUUUUCAGUUGUGUGCAUUUUAAGAAAUUAAAUAUCACGUGUCUCAAACGGUGAAGGAAAACAUCGUGAGGAAACCUGCAUACCAGAGAAUUUCUUAAUUCUCUGCGUGUGUGAAGUCUGCCAAUCCGCAUUGGGCCAGCGUGGUGGACUAUUGGCCUAACCCCUCUCAUUCUGAGAGGAGACUCGAGCUCAGCAGUGAGCCGUAUAUGGGUUGAUAACGUAUAGACUAAUCAUAGUAUUAGUAUCGACAUAGCAUCCGUGCGAAGUCGGGGCCAGUCGCUAGUGUAUUGAUAGACGUCCUUUGACCUUUGUGCACUUCUUCCCUAUUCCUACCCUACCCUACCCCACUCCUACCCUAUUCAUUGUUACAAAAAAUGUGUUAAACUCCACCGAUGUUGUGCAAACUUCACAUAAACCAUCUAGGUAUCUACUAAAUAGUCCGAACAAAGCCUAAACAUUUGGUUUGGAUAGGUGAGCUCGUUCUUAAGUUAUAAAAUUGGCAUUGAUUUUAUAUAUCUAAAUAUAGUGCAUAGACAGUGGCGAAGAGUCAAUAUAAGCCGAUUCCCGCCGGGUUACCGUUUAAAAAUCCAUACAUAUUCAUUAUUGUAAUGAAUAUUGUAUAUAGUAGGUAAAUAAUAAGGAUAUAUGAGAAACCAUACCACGCGGUUGAAUUUCCUUUUCUUUGGGUUACCUUCGGAAAGAAAAAAAAAGAAAACAUCCAUCCCAUCCACAAUUUGUGCCAAUACCUAAGCAUUAUUUUAGCAUCUGAUGCCUCAUCCACCUGAGCAAGGCAAGACCAAAACCAAUUCAACCUUCAGCAAUGGUGCAUGCCCUAGUUAAAAGCCCUGUGCACGCCAAUGCCUACGUCACAUUCAGUUUAAAUAUACGUCCUUCGCAGGCAGCCGAACCGUAUCCAAAGUUCGAGCAAGUGUUCACCGCUUACGACGACUCCACGAUGUGUCCUCAACGGGAGGAGUUCAACAACAGCCUCGCUGGCUCCCUGGACUGCCUCCACCUGAACGUCUACGUGCCCAACAUCGCCAGCACCAGGAACCCCCUGGCGGUGAUGGUGUGGAUCCACGGGGGUGGCUUCAGCUAUGGCGACGCUGGACGAUAUGUGUUUGGCCCGAAGUUUCUUGUCAGACAUGACAUCAUUCUGGUCACCUUGAAUUACAGGUAUGUUUUAUGUUCUCUGCUAUGUCAGUGACUUAGGUUUCUAGACGGGUAGGCGGAUCACCUCAUUCCUGUUUCGAUCACGUAGAAAAACUCCAAGCGAGUCGCGAAGCUGGCCACCUAAUUCGAAGAGCCAAUGGAUGUUGGGGUCCCAAGGUGCUGGAAUGGCGACCCCGCACUGGAAAGUGCAGCAGUAUUGGUCGACCCUCCACUAGGUGGACCGAGGAUAUCAAGCGGGUGGUAUCAAAUGGUGCAUUUUAACCGAUUUCAACAAUAAAAGGAAUCGAUUUUACCUCGUUAACCCUAAAGCUUUUUCUUGUUUAUGAUUUUAGUAAAUAAAUGUAAUUUUAAUUUUAUCAGCCUUCUAAAUCACUUAUCAACCAUUUUCAGGUUAGGCCCCUACGGGUUCAUGUGCCUAGACACACCAGAAGUCCCAGGGAACCAGGGCCUGAAAGACCAGCGGCUAGCGUUGCGCUGGAUCAAAAACAACAUAGCAGCUUUCGGAGGAGAUGUCAACAAGAUCACGCUUGUAGGCGAGAGCGCUGGCAGCGUCUCCACAGAGUUCCAGCUGUUAGCCAACCAGGAGAAGCUAUUCAAUCAGGUCAUCCUGCAAAGCGGUACAGUCUUCGGACCAUGGGCAGUCAGCACCCCGGACCUUACCGCACCUUUGAAACUAGCUGCAAGAUUGGGAUUUGAUACAGAAGAUGUGGACGAAGCGGUUGCAUUUUUAGCAACAGCGGACUCUAAUUUGGUUAUUGGAGCAUCAACUGCUUUGUGGCUGGGUUUUGGGCCGUGUUUGGAGAAGAAAUUCGAUGGCGUCGAGAGCAUUCUCACUGAACACCCUAUAGACUCUGACAUGGUUAAUGUCAAGAACACCAACAUAAUGGCUGGAUACACAAACAAGGAACAACUGAUGUCUUUCGCUACAAGGCCUCCCAGUGGGUUUGAGAACCUGAACGUUUUCAGUACGAUCAGAGGGUCUUUCGUUAUAGAUGACGACUUCCAAGCGGUAGAAGAUAUUGUGCGACGGUUUUAUAUUGGGGACGAGCCAGUGACGGAAGCUCUGCGCUGGAACCUCAUGAACUUCGAGUCGGACUGGUUCUUCAACUACCCCACGCAGUGGACCAUCGACAACUACCUGGAGAAAGGGGCUGGAGACAUUUACUACUAUGUGUUCUCUUACAGUGGACAAAGGAACUUCGUCAAGAGCCGCUUCAACGUGACAGUGGAGGGCGCGGCGCACGCCGACGAGCUGGGCUACCAGUUCGACCAGGCCUUCGUCACCGGCGCCCCCACUGCAGACGACCAGCGGGUGAUCGACCAGAUGACCACUCUGUGGGCCAACUUCGUCAAACACGGAGACCCAACACCAACGACCACAGAGCUGCUGCCAGUGAAGUGGUCACUGGUCACCAAGACCACCUACACGUACCUGGACCUGGACAACCCGCUGACGGUGAAGCGGCGCCCCUACAGCGACCGGCUCACCUUCCUCCAGCUGUUCUUCAAGGCCAACUGGCACAGGCUCCGGGCCGUCAACUAAUGUCAACGACAUCAACUUGAUUGAUUUAAUCCCAAUGAC